CGUGCCGGAGAGCCGCCUCGGGCCGAGCCGGGGAGCGGGCGGCGCAUCCCCUGUCUCUGCCUUUCAGAUAACCUCGGCGGAGGCGCGCCCGGGCUGGCCGGGCCUGGGGCCGCAGCGGAGCCUCGGGGGACCGAGCCAGGUGACAGACGGGGCCGGAGACGGGGCGGAGGGAGGCCUGGGGAAAGGGCACCCAUAGCGGCUGGACCCUGCGGGCUCUCGCCUGCCCUGGCCUGAGGGCUGUCUGCCGGGGGAGGGGGGACGCUGCUAACCCCUCCCUGUCCCUUCUCUAUCCCCUCUUUUCUCCAAGGGCUUUGGGGGCGGAGCACACACCUGGGCCGGAGGCGGGGGAGGGGGCCUUAGGUUUCUGGACCCGGUUUGGGAGUCAGAGGUCAGGUUCCAGCUUUGGGGAUGAAGGUGGUUCAGGAGUCAGCCAGUUCAUUCUAGGGUCACGUCUCCUUCAGCCCGGUGACCUCCUUUACCCUUUGGUCUCUGUUUUCAGUUUCUUUCCUCUUCUCCCUAGUGCCCCAGGACUGGUGGGAGGGUAGGGUAACCAACCCCCCUGGGAAGCCCCGCCCUGGAGCCAUGGCAGCCACAAAGUGCCUGGGCGUCCAGCUGCCUGGCUGCUGGGACCACUGACUCAGGCCAGAGAGGAAGCCGCCUGCAUACCUCCUCAGAUCGAGGACAGGGGCCCUGGGGGAGGCAUCUAUACCUUGGGGAUCCCCUACAUCCACCCCUCCUGUCACGUCCCCUUCUCCUGACCCUUGCCCUGGGAGGAAGCUGGGGCUCCUGGGGGGGUCUCCCCCCCAGAUCUGUCCCCAUACAUUCCCACCGGCCGCCCCUGGGAGUCAGGGGGGCGGCCGGGGACCAUCCCAAUCCUGGCACUGCCAGGAUGUUGUCCCCGAUGCUGGGUCCUCACCAGCACCCCCAACCCAGGGCCCAACCGGCCUAAGUGCCACUAGCCGGAUGCCGGCGCCCCCUGGGCCCGAGGCGAGCGGCUGGCCCGGCCUCCUCAUGUCCUGCCUGAAGGGCCCACAGGUCAUCCUCAAGAUGGAGACCAUGAAGAUCGUCCACCCUGAGAAGUUCCCAGAGCUCCAAGCGGGUACUCCCCGCUACACGCCUACCCCCAGGCCUGCUCCUGCCCUGGCCCCCAAGAGGGCCUGGCCUUCUGACACCGAGAUCAUUGUCAAUCAGGCCUGUGGUGGAGAUGUGCCUGCCCUCGAAGGGGUGCCUCGUACACCACCUCCACCCAGGAGGCCCCGGAAGAGCAGUGCUGAGCUGGGCUUCCCCCGGGUAGCUCCUGGUGAUGAGGUCAUUGUGAACCAAUACGUGUUACGGCCUGGCCCAGCCGGGGAGCCACUGGAGUGCCCGACCUGUGGGCACACAUACAACCUGACCCAGCGGCGUCCUCGUGUGCUCUCCUGUCUGCAUUCAGUCUGCGAGCAGUGUCUGCAAAUCCUUUACGAGUCCUGCCCCAAGUACAAAUUCAUCUCUUGCCCUACUUGCCGCAGGGAGACUGUGCUCUUCACUGACUAUGGGCUGGCUGCCCUUGCUGUCAAUACAUCCAUCUUGAGUCGUCUGCCACCAGAGGCACUGACUGCUCCACCUGGCCAGUGGGGUGGCGAGGCUGAGGGCAGCUGCUACCAGACCUUCCGCCAGUACUGUGGGGCUGCCUGCACCUGCCACGUGAGGAACCCGCUGUCCUCCUGCGCCAUCAUGUAGUGCCCCUCCCAUCCUUAUACCUGCUGCCCCCUCAUCCCCCAUGCUAGGACUUCUGCUCCCCUUGGUCCCCCCAGAUCCCAGGCACAGACUGAUGCUAGAAGACUCAUCAGAAAAGGACUACAACCCAGAUGUUCCCUGUCUCCAUCUGUCCUGGGAUCCUCACUUCCUCUGACCUCCCUGGAUGUUUGCUUACCCCCUGAAGCUGCUUCUCCUAGAAGUGGGGCCACACUAGGCCCUAGGAAGAAGCCUUUUCCGCCCCUGCCCUGCUGCUUCCCAUUCCUCUGCAGCCAGUUUUUGCCAUUAAAACUCUUUGCCAAAGUUGCCAUUUCAACUGCUAACUGGAACCAUCUUCAACAGCACAACCCUCCUCCCCAGGUGGACUUGAACCCCACCCCCAGUCUCCCCUCUCUCUUCUCCCUUACAGCAGAGUAGUCGUGGGAGAAAGGCCCAUGAGGCCCAACCCAGAGCCCCUUCAACCUAACAGGUUUACCCUCCUGCCCAGGGUUCCGUCCCAGGUUCUCUCUUGCAACAGUGAAGACAUGGUCCCCUGGAGUCUCAGGUCAGCAUGCAGCUAAGGCUCCGUCUGUGUGCUGUGCUAAGUUGGGCUUUGUGUGUGAGCCUGGGAAGCAUGGACAGCUGGGUCCAGAGGCCUUGCAGUAAAUGGACAUGUCUGGGCUGGUUCCAUCAGCCAAGGAUUCCCCAGCAGGAAGAGAUGACAGCAACCUAGCCCUUUCCUGCUGGGGUGACCCUUCUUGGAACUCUGGUCCUCAACUGCUGCUGUGCUUGAGACCUACUGAACUCGUCUUUCCCCGGGGUCACGUGCGGUAAACCUUUUUAUUUGCGUUCAGCCCAGAUAGUGUCAGGGGCAAGAAUAAGGACAAAAACUCCUAAGGACAGUUCAUAUUUCUAUAGCACUUUACCGUUUACAAAGCGUUUUCCUCACAACAACCUUGUGAGGUAAGCAAUGCAAGUAUUAUCCCCAUUUCACAAAUGUGGAAACAGGCUCAGAGGUGACAUGACUUGCCCAAGGGACUUGAACCCCAAUCAUCUAAGUCUAGCGCUUCUUCCACUACCCUUUGCUGUCCCCCAGGAGCAGGUGAUCUGUAAGUUAUUCCAUAUAAGCUGCUCUGGGGCCCAAUAUUUGCUCUGAUCAGGAAUGCGUGCUCUUCAAACUCAUCUGCUUCUCUGCUAUUGUGUUUCUUUCCUUCUUCUGCCCCAGAGUUUCCUAGUAAAGACUCCUUUUGAAAAAUUC